AUGCAAAUGGUGUUACGUUAUGUCUUUUGUUUUCAGGACCUGGCCAUGCCCUCAUAGAGCAGUGGAAUCCCCUUGGCUUGGUCGGAAUCAUCACUGCCUUCAACUUCCCUGUUGCAGUUUAUGGGUGGAACAGUGCAAUUGCAAUGAUCUGUGGAAACGCUUGCCUUUGGAAGGGUGCUCCUACAACAUCCCUCAUUAGUGUUGCUGUUACAAAGAUAAUUGUCAAGGUCUUGGAGGAUAACAAAGUGCCUGGAGCGAUCUGUUCUCUGGUUUGUGGUGGAGCAGACAUUGGGACAGCAAUGGCCAAAGAUGAGAGAAUGGACUUGUUGUCCUUCACUGGCAGCACAAAAGUGGGCAAGCAAGUAGCACUUCUGGUUCAGGAAAGAUUUGGUCGAAGUCUGCUGGAACUGGGAGGAAAUAAUGCCAUUAUUGUGUUUGAAGAUGCAGAUCUGAACCUAGUCAUUCCAUCUGCUCUAUUUGCUGCUGUGGGAACAGCGGGUCAGAGGUGCACAACUGCUAGAAGGCUGUUUCUACAUGAAAGCGUCCAUGAUGAAGUGGUGGCAAAGCUUGCUAAGGCCUAUGCCCAGGUCCGCAUCGGUGAUCCAUGGGACUCUGACACUCUCUAUGGGCCUCUUCAUACCAAAGAAGCAGUGAAAAUGUUCCUUGAUGCAGUAGAACAAGCAAAACAACAAGGUGGCUCUGUGGUCUAUGGUGGAAAGGUUAUAAAUCGCCCUGGAAACUAUGUUGAACCAACCAUUGUGACUGGCCUUCCUCAUAAUGCACCCAUUGUCCACACUGAGACAUUUGCCCCCAUACUGUACGUGCUGAAAUUUAAGGAGGAAGAGGAGGUUUUUGCCUGGAAUAAUGAAGUAAAACAAGGUCUUUCCAGCAGUAUCUUUACCAAGGAUUUGGGAAGAAUUUUCCGGUGGCUUGGGCCAAAGGGAUCUGACUGUGGCAUUGUGAAUGUCAACAUCCCAACCAGUGGGGCUGAGAUUGGAGGUGCUUUUGGUGGUGAAAAGCACACUGGUGGGGGAAGAGAAUCUGGAAGUGAUUCAUGGAAACUUUAUAUGAGACGGUCUACCUGUACAAUAAACUACAGCAAGGAUUUACCAUUGGCUCAAGGAAUCAAGUUUCAGUAACAGCCUUAUGAAUGGCUGUGCCCUGAACUCUCCAAGCAUUUCAGAACGAAGCACCUUCUAAGCCUCAUGGUGAAGAAAAUUAAUUAUCUGAAAUUUACUUGCAGUGAAGAUACCAAUUCUGUCAAAAAAAUCAGCUUUUCUCAAACAGCUUCACUUUCAGUGUAUGAAAUUACUACUUCAGUCUUCAAAUGAGAAUUAUGUGGUCUUUGGGAAGAAGGG